CCAACCACCAAUCUUACUCGCCGCCACCAGGCGAGGCCUUCACGCUGCUGCAGCUCCUCUUCCUCAACAACAUGCUCGGCUACGCAGACAGGACAAAUCUCUCGGUGGCUGUCAUCGCGAUGAGCCGCGAGCUCGGCUGGGGCGAGGCGAGCACCGGCACGCUGCUCGCGUCAUUCUUCUGCGGAUAUGUCCUCACGCAGAUCCCGGCCGGCCUCGCCGCCGCUCGCUUUGGAGCCAAGGGAGUGCUGCUGAUCGGUACAGUAGUCUGGUCUGCGGCAACAGUUCUCACGCCGUGGGCCGCACGCCAGUCCAUCGACGCUGCCCUCGCGGCGCGCGUCGUCGUCGGCCUCGCCGAGGGCGUCCAGAUCCCGUGCUGCAACGCGCUCCUCGCUGCGUGGGUCCCUCCGCAAGGCCGGGCGCGCGCCCUCUCCUUCAUCUUCAGCGGCCAGUUUGUGGGGACCAUCUGCGCCCUCUCCUGCUCGCCGCUGGCGGAGUGGUGGUGGCCCUCCAUCUUCCUGCUCUGGGGAUGGCUCGGCUUUGUCUGGUGCCUCGUCUUCGCCGCCCUCGCCCCGGCCUCCUCGCCAGGCGCCUCCGCCGGAAAAGGCGCGGCGGGGGAGGAGCUGGGCCUCAUCUCUGCUGUUGACGGGUCGGGGAGCCCGCGCUGCAGCGCCUCUGCGCCGCGCUGCGCCCGCCCCUCCUUCCUCGCGCACCCCGCCUUCCUCGCCGUGUGCGCGGCGCAUUUCGCAAACAACUGGGGCGCGUACCUCCUCCUCUCCUGGCUGCCAAAGUACCUCACCUCGCUCGGCGCCGCGGCCACGGCCUCGCAGGCUGCUCCCCUCCCGCCGCCCGCCGCAGGCUCCCCGCGUUUAAACCCCGCAGGCGCGACACUCGCAGACGGCUCGACCCUCUUCAGCACGCCGUACGCCGUCGCCAUCGUGGCGGACAACGUCGGCGGGUGGGUGGCGGACGAGGUGCUGCUCUCGCGCUGCCGGCUCAAGCUGCUGCACGCGCGCAAGUGCAUGCAGGCGGUGGCAAUGCUGAUGUGGGGCGUCGUCAACACGAUCGGAACCGUGCCCGGCAUCGCGGCCAACGUCGUCACCGGCCGCGGAUUUUAA